AUGCCUUCAGAAUUGAAGGAAUACGUUCAAUCGUCUAGAUUUGGUAAGACUGUCGUUCUUGAUGUGCGUUCAUACGCACUGUUCUCAAAAACGCGCGUUCGGUGUGCUAUUAACGUCUGCAUUCCGACUACCUUGUUGAAGCGACCUACGUUCACGGUGGCCAAGUUGGGAGAAACGUUGGCGAGUGAUGCGGAGAAGAAGACGUUCGCAAAGUGGAGGGAGGCUGAUAACAUCAUUGUGUACGAUGUGGACAGUGUGGCAUGGCCGGAGAUGGGACCAGUGGUGCAGACGGCGAAGAAGUUUGGGUUAGAAGGAUGGCAGGGACGGUUGUAUGCUGUGAAGGGUGGGUUUGCCGCAAUCGAGAGGGAAUGUUCGGAGGUGCUGGAUCAUGAAGCACCGGAGCAGAGUACUGGAAGCCCAGGAGGACUGCAUCUGAGCGCAAGGGGACAGUCGAUGAACGCUGCUGGCGGAGGUGCAUUUGCAUGUGCUUUGCCCGCGGCUCAGCCUGCUGUGAAUCCGUUCUUCUCUAAUAUUCGACAAAACAUGGAUCUUAUGAAUGGUGUCGGGGAUGCGAUUCCCAUUCGCAUACCUCAAGAUGCGGAUCCGACUAAGAUCGCGGCGCUGCCGAAGUGGUUGCAUCGUGUUGCAUUCGAAGAAGGUGGUGCUUCCUUAGUUGCUGAACGGUUCUAUAAGGUGGAGAAGCUUGAGCAAAAGCGUCUGCAAUCUGUUUUGAAUACCCAAGGGUCCAAGACUCCAGGCCAUGGUGAAAGCCGGGCACGAAGUCAUUGGAGCAUUUCUUCAGCUAUGGAGCAAGGCACGCGGAACCGGUACAAUAACAUCUGGCCUUAUGACCAUUCGCGCGUCAAGCUGAACGAUGUCAGGGAAGGAGGUACUGAUUACGUCAAUGCGUCAUUCGUCGAGAAUCACGCAAACCACAGGCGAUACAUCGCUACUCAGGGCCCGCUUCCGGCAACUUCUGAAGACUUUUGGCGAGUGUGUUGGGAGCAGGAUGUUCGCGCGAUUGUGAUGUUGACUACCACAGAAGAAGGAGGUCAAGUUAAGUGUCACCCCUACUGGAAGGAUAAACACCAUGGGCCGAUGUAUCUGAACCAAAUCUCCGAGCGCAAGAUGGAAAGUGCAGACUUUGGUCCGGAAAUCAAAGGCCUGCCCAAGGGCGAGUCGGCGCCAAUCAUCAUUCGUGAGUUUACGCUUGCUCACGGCGAUUACCCCUUCGAGCCCAUUCGGGAGAUUACCCAAGUUCAAUACACGGGAUGGCCUGACUUUGGAUCCGCUGUACCGGCAGCAUUGUUGGCCGUUGUUGAGCAGGCUACUGUGGCGACUACACGCUCCACGCCUGUCAACUCACGAUCCACCUCCCUCUCGUCAUUGACCGACGCCCGAGCCACAUCACAUCGACGGGAAAAGAACCCGGUUGUAGUACAUUGUUCGGCUGGAUGUGGGCGUACCGGUACCUACUGCACGAUCGACUCUGUCGUUGAUCUUGUGCAAAAGUCGAUGCAUUUAGCCCAGGCUGCUCCCGGUGAGGAUGUAACGCCUAUCCCUUCCGAUUGGGAAGAAGGCAAGCAUUCCGACGACGCCGAUGAAGAAGACUGGGUGUACCGCACUGUCAAGGAGUUCAGGGAAGACCGGUUGUCCAUGGUGCAAACACUACGGCAGUUCGUGUUAUGUUACGAGACGGUCUUGGAAGCAGUGCUGAAAUGA